AUGGAACUUCCCUGUGGGGACCAGGGCCGCCUCUUAAAGAGCCUCCUGCUCUCAGCCUCCAUCCUAACCUUCUGGAUUGCCCAAAGCUCUGGUGAGGCCCUCCACAUCCAGAAGAUUCCAGAGCACCCUCAAAAGAACCAAGACCUUCUCCUGUCCGUCCAUGGCAUCCCAGAAAUCUUCCAGGUCUGCAACUGGUACCUGGGGGAGGAGAUCAGUGGCAGCACCAUGCUGUUCUCCUACUUCCCGGAGCUGCAGCGACCCCAGAGGGAAGGCAGUGCCAUAAAGCACCGUGACAUCGUGGGGUUCCCCAACGGCUCAAUGCUGCUGCGUCAUGCUCAACCCAACGACAGUGGCAUCUACCAGAUCACUGUCACUAUGAAUCCUGACUGGACCAUGAGGACCAAGACCCAAGUCCAGGUGGUCGACUCCCUGGAAAAGCAUAAGGAGUCUGCAGUUGGACGCCUGCCCGAAAGCGUUGGGGUCAUGGCUGCCAUUGUCAUUGGAGCUCUUGCCACUGGGUCCCUCCUUAUCGGCGGCGUGACCUACCUCCUGGUGAUACGUGGCUGCAAGGGCCAGAACCACAGAGUGUCUGCUCCAGGAGGCCAGAAGUCUAUGUCUGUGUUGUUCCCAGCUGUGACCCCAGUGCCUUCUGCAGUGCCCAGCCCAUGGACAACAGCUGCAGAGAAACCGGAGCUGGGCCCCAGUCAUAAUGCCGGUGAUGACAUUGUCUAUGAAGUGAUGCCAUCUCCAGUCCUCCUAGUGUCCCCCUUCAGUGACUUGGGGGCCAUGAACACUGCUAUGCCUCCAGCCCUGCCGUUGCCCCUGCAGCCGGAGCCACAGAACCAGCACUACCAGGACCUACUAAACCCUGACCCUGCCCCUUACUGCCAGCUGGUCCCAACCCCUGAGGGAGUUCCAGAGCCUCUGACUUCCCAGGAAACCACGUGCCUACAGAAAAACACCAGAGACCCAGGAGGACUGGGCCUGUAG